GUAUGUAUAUAUUUAUGUAUGUAUGUAUGUAUGUAUGUAUGUAUGUAUGUAUGUAUAUUUGUACGUACGUACAUAAGUAUGUAUGUAUAUAGGUAUGUAUGUAUGUAUGUGUGUAUGUAUGUAUGUAUGUAUGUAUGCAUAUAUGUAUGUAUGUAUGUAUGUACGUAUGUAUGUAUGUAUGUAUGUAUGUAUGUAUGUAUGUAUGUAUGUAUGUAUAUUUGUAUAUAUGUAUGUAUUUAUUUAU